ACAAUCGGUAUUUCAGAACAUGAGACAUACAAAGUUUCAUUAAAUGUUAGGUCUAUCCUAUACCUCAUUUGUGCCCUGGGAAUUUGGUUCAGAAGCGAAGGAAUCAGUAUUUGGUGCAUUAUGCAUCAUAAGCAAAGACAUCAAAAUGAAAGUACCCUCGUGAUAUCGUUUACGAAAAUCUGGUAAACUGCAUUUAUAACGUGGCUCGCUUCUCGAAGCACGACGCUAGUUCGACAUUUAACAUCAUGCUAUUGUUUUAACCGUAUCGAAAAAACGAAGCUGGAAGGGUGAUCAAAUUUUUGUUUAUUGCUUAUUAGCUGGGAAACUACCCAAAUUCUAUCGAGUUUCGAUCGAGUUUCUUAAUUGUACGUCAGAAAUCUUCACAUCCAUCAUACAGUGAGUGUCAAUGCUGUUUGUACUAUCACUUUCUCAUGCCUAUGAAUUGUCGAAUUCUUUGAACAUACUUUUACACGAUCCAUUGUUAAGAUAAAUGUGCAAGAGACGAAAAUAAUGUUUAGGAGUCAUAUCAUUUAUUUGGGAUUUGAGAAGAUCAGGAGGCCUGGUGCGGGCACAUUCAAGAGCUGUGGUGGUUGGUGAAUGGUGUUGCAGAUAGACUCGGUGUGGGGUUGGGCGUCACCCCCGCUGCGCCUCCAACUAGGGGGGUCUAGGGGCGCCUCGGGGAGAGUGGCCGCGGGCGCCCCAUCCUCGCAGAGGAUGGGUGAAAUGGUCGUAGAACGCGCACCUUCCCCAGCCCGCCUCAGUCAUACAUCAGAAAAACAUCCUCGUGCUACACUCACGGAACUCAAUGUUCUUCGACGUCAUCGAGAAUUGUGCGACGUUGUCCUCAAUGUCGGCUCUAGAAAGAUAUUUGCACAUCGUGUUAUUUUAUCGGCGUGUAGUCCGUACUUCCGAGCGAUGUUUACUGGGGAGCUGGCGGAAUCUCGACAAACUGAAGUUACAAUACGUGACAUAGAUGAAAUGGCAAUGGAACUAUUGAUAGACUUCUGUUAUACUUCUCAUAUUAUAGUCGAAGAAGCAAACGUUCAAACUCUCCUUCCAGCAGCGUGCCUUCUCCAGCUAGCAGAGAUUCAAGAUAUAUGUUGCGAGUUUCUCAAACGUCAACUAGAUCCAUCUAAUUGUCUAGGUAUACGAGCGUUUGCAGAUACUCAUUCUUGUCGUGAACUUUUACGGAUCGCAGACAAAUUCACUCAACAUAAUUUUCAAGAAGUAAUGGAAAGCGAAGAAUUUCUUUUACUACCUGUUGGCCAAUUAGUAGAUAUUAUUUCUUCGGACGAAUUAAAUGUUCGAACGGAAGAACAGGUAUUUAGUGCAGUUAUGAAUUGGGUCAAAUACAACGUUACAGAAAGAAGACAACAUUUGGCGCAAGUUCUUCAGCAUGUACGAUUACCCCUUCUUAGCCCAAAAUUUUUAGUUGGAACCGUAGGCUCUGAUCUUUUAGUUAGAUCUGAUGAUGCAUGUAGAGAUUUAGUAGAUGAAGCGAAAAAUUAUUUGCUGCUUCCUCAAGAAAGGCCGUUGAUGCAAGGACCUAGAACACGACCUAGAAAACCAACCAGACGCGGUGAAGUUCUAUUCGCUGUCGGAGGUUGGUGUUCUGGUGAUGCAAUCGCAAGCGUGGAAAGAUUUGAUCCUAAUACUGCGGAUUGGAAGAUGGUUGCACCAAUGAGUAAACGAAGAUGUGGUGUCGGAGUUGCUGUAUUGAACGAUUUGUUGUACGCGGUAGGCGGUCACGAUGGACAAAGCUAUUUAAACAGCAUCGAACGAUACGAUCCACAAACGAAUCAGUGGUCUUGUGAUGUUGCACCUACUACAUCAUGUCGAACUAGUGUAGGAGUUGCUGUAUUAGAUGGUUUUCUUUACGCGGUAGGUGGUCAGGAUGGCGUCCAAUGUUUAAAUCAUGUUGAAAGAUAUGAUCCUAAGGAAAAUAAAUGGUCCAAAGUAUCACCAAUGACCACUAGAAGACUUGGAGUAGCUGUUGCUGUGUUAGGCGGUUAUUUAUAUGCCAUUGGCGGGUCUGAUGGUCAAUCACCAUUAAAUACAGUAGAAAGAUAUGAUCCAAGACAAAAUAAAUGGUCUCAAGUUUCGCCUAUGUCUACAAGACGUAAGCAUUUAGGCUGUGCCGUAUUUAAUAAUCUAAUUUAUGCCGUUGGUGGACGAGAUGAUUGUAUGGAACUUUCGAGCGCAGAACGGUAUAAUCCUCAUACAAAUUCUUGGAGUCCAAUAGUUGCUAUGACAUCAAGAAGAAGUGGAGUAGGUUUAGCAGUAGUGAAUGGUUUACUGUAUGCAGUGGGUGGAUUUGAUGGAACUGCCUAUUUAAAAACAAUUGAAGUGUAUGAUUCGGAACAAAAUCAAUGGAAAUUGUGUGGUUGUAUGAAUUAUAGAAGACUCGGUGGAGGUGUGGGAGUAAUGCGGGCCCCCCAAACCGAGAAUUACAUUUGGUAGCUCAGGCCCCCCUCUUCAGCCCAAAUGGCUGAAACUCCUUUAACUUCUCUUACACCAAUAACUCCUGUUACACCUGUAACUCCUCCCGCUCCUGUAUCGGUUCCUGUUGUUAUAACUAAUACUAGAAAACGCUACCGCCGAUCGAUGAGCAUUAUAUAAGUAAUAAUAUACGUUCUACAAGACUUUGCCUUUCUAAAGAUAAAGUCGUUUUUAACAUAAAUUAUUUUAAAUUUUUUCAUUAGCUUUGUUUAACUCAUAAUUCAUUUAAAAUCAAUCAUUUUUAUUCAAAUGUAAACCAAUCGUACUAAAUAUGGAUGUAUAUUUUCUUCUAUAUGUAAAAAAUUUAUUCUUA